GGCUCGAGUUGCAGGCAGCCGCCUGUCCAGCCGCACGACCUGCGGAUCCGGCCGCCAUGCCCGGCGAGACGGCCUGGAGCUGCCCGGGUGACGGCGGCGGGCACGGCGCGGCCAGCGGGCCUCGCGAGGGCUGCUGGCCCCCGUCGGAGGACGGCGGCGAGAGCCAUCUUGGCUCCAACAUGGCCAGGAGCAGCAUGAGAGGGUGUACGAGGGGUUCGAGAGCCUUCGCAACGCAGAUCUCCGCCGAGUCCAACGCGAGCGCGACCACGGUGGCAAGCUCCGCAGAGCUGCUCGGCUGGGAGUGCUCGGAGGACGCACGGCUGCCGGAUGAGGAGAUGCUCAGCCGGCAGUGCUCGGCCACGGCGCAGCAGGUGCUGGAGGAGGAGGUGCUGAAGGAAGCCGUCCGCGGCGCAUGUGCAACGUGCUCCUUUUGCGUCACCGUGGCGGAUCCCAGGUCUCCAGACAACCCGCUGAUCGCCGUCUCCGAGGGCUUCGAGGUCAUGACGGGCUUCAGGCGCGAAGAGAUCUUGGGCGUCAAUUGCCGCUUCCUGAACUCGGGCUGCAGCAUGGACCCCGUCACCCUCCAGGACUUGCGCCAAUCAUGUGAGACGGGGCAGCCUUUCACGGGGGUGCUGACCAACCGCAGGAAGAACGGAGAGCUGUUCCUGAACCUCUUGGACCUGAGGGGCCUUGCCGUCGGCCGUACGCACACGGGUGAGGACAUCUGGUUCCUAGUGGGGAUCCAGGCCGACGUCACUUGCACCGAAGAAGGCGAGCUGCCGAGUCAGUUGCCCAAGCUCAAGCAGGUGGCUGACGCAAUACGAGCGCGCAUCGCCAGUGACUUCGGCGCGUUGCCAGGGUGGGACACCCGCACCGCAGACAGAAGGAUAUUCGAGGACUUCCAGUGGCGAGGAGGAGCGCACUUGGGCCAGCCACCAAGCAGGCGUGGCAGCAUCUUCCGUGAGGUCUCGACGCCGGAGAAGGUUGGGAACGCGGUGGCGCAUCAUCAAGACAGUGGCAACCAUUUGUCCGUUCUCAAGCAAUCUGCUCUCGUGCGCCCACCAGGGUGGCCUUGCGCAGCGCUUCUUGGUGCCCUCGGCCAUGCGGGUAUGUCCAGAUUUGCACCUACGGCCUGCCACGCAGGUGAGUUGAGCUCAGCGGCGCAGGCGCUUCUGAUGUUGAUCCUCACCGGUUUGAAGUACAUUACUUAGGGGAUAGUGCUAUUAGAUACCAGCUCAUCAGUUUGACCGUGCUGGUUGAUGGUGCACACGAGUGGGGAGGGAGAUGGAAUUGAGCAAGGGUUGGGGCGAGGAUUAUAGGCAGGCCACGCGGGCAUGUCCAGUCCUGGAGCUGCGACUGGCUUCGACCUUGCAGGUUGUUUCCGUCUCCGCUGGGUCUGUUCAGUGGCACGGCUUCAGUCUGCCAAUCUGUUUCGCUGAGGAGCUGGUCCAGGUUUCUGUGGGGUCAGGCUCGUCCAGCGGUGGCACGCAGGUGCGCCGCAGGCUUCCGCCCGCUGGAGGGCGCGUACACGGGGCUUCGCGCCAUUCAAUCCUUCUCGGCGAUCGUGGUCAUGCUGCUUUAGCCGGAGCUGUCCUCACGGCCUGCCGCACAUGUGGGCCGAGCACAGCGGGUCAGGCGCUUCUCAUGCCAAGCGCCCUCGCUCCCACGCGCAGAGGGAGCAAGUGAUUUUUCAAUAUCAGCUGCCUGCCUGCCAUGCGUGGGCUGGGCGCCAAGCCGCCCAAGUGAGCUCCGUUGAGAUGGGGUCGGGGGGUCGCACCGCAUCGCCGAUACAUAGCCGAUGCGGCGCGAUCCUGAGCACGAUCUUCUUCGUCCCGUCGUCGCCAGUAGGAUUCUCUGGGUCCGCGGGCACAGCGGCGCGGGCGUUUCUGGUGCUGGCUGCCUCUGGUCGGACACCCUGGGUAUGUAAUUUUUACAGGAUGCCCACACUGUGUAUGCCAAUGGUGCACGGGAGAGGAGAGACAGAGGGAUGUGGGCGAGCAACACGAAAUUGUCCAAACACGGAUGUAUGCAUGGCCUCUCUGCUGUACAGUGUUUCCGUCACCGCUGUGGCCAUGUUUCAACCCAUGAGGUUCUCAGCAGCGCAGUUUCAACAUGGAAUCCCGUGCUUGCAGAAGAUAUUGGCCAGGCCUUUCUGGGUCUAGGCUCGCAGGAAAAAAGAAGCAAUUCGACGGACAUCACCACACCAAGACGUGAUGAUGGUUUAGCCACUUUUUAGAAUUGAACUUCAUUUUUGAAUGCAACGACUUGCGCUGUGUUACCUACCUGUGUGACGAUGGUGCGAUUGGGACCAGUUUGGGACACUCUCCCUGGAGGAUCUCGACCGCUAGGCUUCGCGCUUGGCUGGCGCCCAAACGUUCCUAGAAACUGGCACAGAUUUGAAGGAUGCUGUCUGCCGUGCGGGACAAGGCCUCCACCUUCGGUGCACCUCUGCACGCAGCGUUCCAUCGUUUUGUCUCCCCAGUAUUGCGCGCAAUGAAAAGAUUUGCGUCGCAACUCGGAGUAGUAGUGCAGAGUUCCGUGCUUGCAGGAAUCGUGAUCUCUGUGUUGGAAAAG